AUGGCCCCCAAGCGCGGUGCAACCAAGACGGGUGGACAGCCCAAGGCCAAAAAGGCCAACCAGUCCACGGCCAAGAAGACAGCUCCGGCCUCGGCCCCGGCUGGUAUUGAGCGCCAGGACAUUCACGACCUGACUCCUGCCAACAAGGGCCAUUGCUUGGCUGUGGGCAUCAACUGCUUUGGACAGCUCGGCGUCGGGGAUCACAUUACCGAACGCAAGAAGCCUGCCUUUGUUCGCAAGGGCACCCUGGAGAAUGUCCUGGUUACAGACGUAGCGGCAGGUGGCAUGCACACAGCCGUCGUCGACGAGCAACAUCGAGUCCACACCUUUGGUUGCAACGACGAAGGCGCUCUCGGCCGCCCAGCCUCUUCCAACGAGGAAGAGAGCUACCCUGGCCUGGCGCAAGGCCUUGACGAUAUCAAGGCCAUUCAGGUGACAGCCGGAGACUCCCAUACAGCGAUUUUGGGCAGCGAUGGCUACGUCUACGCCGUGGGUGUGUUUCGCGACGAUGACGGCAGUCUGGCUUUCAGCCCUACCAGCUUGAUCGAGCGCCAAUUCUGCCGCGUCUUCCCCACCGACGAGAUGCUCAAGGCCACUCAAACCCGGCGUCGCAAACUGCCUCUGGCCAAGCAAAUCUCCUCUGGCUCGGAUCACCUUCUUAUUCUGACCACCGAGGGCCAAGUGUACAGCAUGGGCACUGGCAAGCAGGGCCAAUUGGGUCGCCUACCGGAGAAGAAGACAACCCGCGACGCGUAUCGCAGCCUCGGCGCCCUUCCCGAGGAAAUCAAGGCGCGACGCACUACCCCCGAGUUUUUGCAACAAGUGCUGGUGCCUGGCCUCGUCCGUGCUCGUGGUUUCAAGUCGAUUGUCAAGGUGUUCACCGGCAGCUGGGCUUCAUUUGCUUUGGAUGACGAAGGCCACGUCUGGGCAUGGGGCCUGAACAAUCACCAUCAGCUGGGCGUGCCUCGUAGCGAGAAGGCCUCCUUUGGCGUGGAUGACAACUGCGUCUUCUUCCCUCAGCGUGCCACCAAGUUUGAAAACCUGGAUAUUUCAGCCAUUGCUGGUGGCCAACAUCACACGCUCGUCUGCAGCGAGAAGCAACAGAAGGUCUUCGCCAUUGGACGUGGUGAUUGUGGCCGUUUGGGUCUGAACAAUGAGGAGGAAAUGCACGAGCUGUCAGAGGUGACGACGCUCAGCAACCAAAACUUGACGGGCGUGGCUUGUGCAGUUGCCGCUAGCUACGCGUUUAGCAACCGCGGCAAGGCCUAUGCUUGGGGCUUUGGCACCAACCUGCAGCUCACCAACGGCGAGGACCAGGAUGAACUCGUCCCCAUUGAGCUCUCCGGCCAGCAGCUGGACACACGUGCUGUUGCCAAGAUUUCGGGAGGUGGUCAACACACGGUGAUGCUGGCUGUCCCCAACGAUGCCUAG